CUUGAAGCUGUACAUCGUACUGCUCCUAUCUUGUCAUCACGAUUAUAUUUCUCUCUGCGAAGUGUCGGCAUGUCUGUCAUAAUGGAGAUGGAUGCUGAUGGAUACACCAUCAGGCUGAUGGAACACGAUGGAGAACGCUAUCCCCACUUCCCUGCUGACGUCAUCAAAAACGUCAAAGACAUCAAAAUACGUCACGAUGACGUCAUCGUAUCAGCUUUUCCCAAAUCAGGUUCUCACUGGGUGCAUGAGAUAACCCGUCUCCUCCAGAUGGGUCGGUUGGACGAGACGAAUUUUGAAAAGAAUGAUGUUCAGUUGGAAUAUGUACCGGAAGCAACAUAUGCGCAACAUCCGUCUCCCAGAAUCCUCAGCUCACAUCUGAACUUCCGGUCUCUUCCGUCGCAGGUUCUGGAAAAGAAGUGCAAGAUUAUCUAUGUUCUCAGGAACCCGAAAGACAUCGCUGUGUCGUUUUACAACUUCUGUAUCAAGAUGCGGCAUCUGACUGGCUACAAGGGGACAUGGGCGAACUUUCUUCUGAUGCUGUCACAAGGAAAAUUGGCCUUCGGAUCCUGGUUUAACUAUGUGCUCAACUGGGAAAAAGAGAAAGAAAAGUACCCGGAUCUUCCCGUUCUCACUCUGUUCUACGAAGAUCUCAAGGAGGACACGCUGCGUGAAGUUAAGAAAAUCAACGACUUCCUUGAUCUCAAAAGAGACGACAGAUUUCUACAGCAAGUCUGCGACCACGUGACUUUCGCAAAUUUGAAACGUAUCAAAGGCAGAAACCAUUUGCAUGACGGGAAGUCUGUGAUCUUCAGGAAAGGUGAGGUUGGUGACUGGAAGAACUGGUUCACUGUGGCUCAGAAUGAAUGGUUUGAUCAGCUGUACCAGGAGAAGAUGGCCGACUGUCACCUACGGUUUCGAUAUACACUUGAUAACAGCAUAUGAUGCCUGCUUUUAAUGUCAAUAAUCAGAAAACUAAUAAUUACCAUCAUCAUAGAUAUCAAUAAUUAGAAGAAUAGAAGCGUCCAAUUUUAUCAGCUGUCAGCUUAGUUUUGAACCGAUAUAUACACGUGUCUACCAGGCAAAUGUGUUUGCUUUGAGUUGAUUUGUUCCUGUUUUUGAAUGUAUGGAUAUAUAAAGA